AGGGCUUAAAAACAGCUUUAAAUGUGAGAGAAGUGCACAAAAAGUGAGGCAUUUUUGCACACAUUAGACAACUCUUGUCAUCAAUUGAUCCAAUCGUCACCAAUAUGUCGGCCAAUCCAUUGAAACAAGUGUUUGAUUUCAUCGACUCUCAUGCGGGCGAAUACGUGAAGAAUUUGAAGGAUUGUGUGGCCAUUAAGAGUGUGUCGGCGCAGUCGGACACGAGGGGCGACACGAUUGCGAUGGUUAAGUGGAUGGAAAAGCAAUUGGCUGCCGAGGGCUGCAAAUGCCGGUUAGUGGACAUCGGGAAGCAGAAGUUGCCGGACGGCAAAGAACUGCCUCUUCCGCCCGUAUUGUUGGCUGAGUUGGGCUCCGAUGCGAAGAAGAAGACGCUCUGUGUUUACGGACACCUCGACGUACAGCCGGCGGCCAAAGAGGACGGAUGGGAUACCGAGCCCUUUGUGUUGACUGAAAAGGACGGCAAACUGUACGGCAGGGGCUCUACCGAUGAUAAGGGACCGGUUCUCGGGUGGCUUCACGUCAUUCAAGCCUUUCAUAAAUUGAAAAUUGAAAUCCCCGUCAAUUUCAAGUUCGUCUUCGAAGGAAUGGAAGAAUCGGGUUCUGAAGGACUCGAUGAGGUGAUCAUAGCUGAGGCCAAAGGUUUUCUGAAGAAUGUGGACUUUGUCUGCAUUAGUGAUAACUAUUGGUUGGGAACAUCGAAACCAUGUCUGACAUACGGUCUUCGAGGUCUGGCGUACUUCUAUGUGGAGAUUGAAGGAGCGGUCAAAGACUUGCAUUCAGGCGUUUACGGCGGUUCCGUUCACGAGGCGAUGACUGAUUUGGUGCUUCUGAUGUCCAAAUUGGUUGAUAACAGGGGAAAGAUAUUAAUUCCCGGAGUUAUGGCCGACGUCGCGCCCCUCACCAAAGAGGAAGAGAGUCUCUACCAUAAGAUUGAGUUCGAUUGCAAUCAAUUCCGCGAUGAAGUGGGCACUCAAAAGCUCAUUCAUUGCGAUAAAGUCAAUACAUUGACC